AUGCUGUCAAGACAGAUUAUUGCUCUCGCUCGCGGGCGGGCUCUCCGCGCCGAUGCAGCGGCCGUUUCCAGAGGAUGGAAAGUCGCGACGGCGUACUCAAGACGCGCGCAGUUCCACUCGACGAAACUCGUUGAAGCCGAGACGGUCAAGGUGCCCCAGAUGGCCGAGUCCAUCUCGGAGGGCACCCUCAAGACGUGGUUGAAGCAGGUGGGGGACAGCGUAGCGCAGGACGAGGAGGUUGCGACCAUUGAGACUGACAAGAUCGACGUGUCCGUGAACGCACCCACAGCGGGUACCAUCACGGAACACCUUGCAAACGAGGAGGACACGGUGGCUGUUGGCCAGGAUCUGUUCAAGAUCGAACCCGGUGAGGGUGGUGCGGCGCCGCAGGGUAAGAAGCCGGAGGAGCCGGAGGCUGCUCCGCCGAAAGAGAAGGAGGACAAGGCGGAGCCCAAGGACCAGCAGGUCGAGAAGAGCCUGCCAGAGCCGCCAGAACCGGCGCCGUCCGACGUGCGUGCGAAGGACACAGCUGGCGUGCAGGAGGGCCAUGAGAAGAAGGACGUGAAGGAGACGUCGAAACCCGCGCCGCCGGCGAAGGGCAAGGGGGAGAAGGAGAAGCCCGCGCCAGCACCGCGGGUCGCGGGGGCACGGACGGAGACGCGGGUGAAGAUGAGCCGGAUGCGGCAGCGCAUUGCGGAGCGGCUGAAGGAGUCGCAGAACGCGGCGGCGUCGCUGACGACGUUCAACGAGAUCGACAUGCACAGCCUGAUGGAGAUGCGGAAGAAGUACAAGGACGAGGUGAUGAAGACGCACGACGUGAAGCUUGGGUUCAUGAGCGCGUUCGCGCGCGCGUCGUGCCUCGCGCUGAAGGAGAUCCCGAACGCGAACGCGGCCAUCGAGGGCGACGAGAUCGUGUACCGCGACUACGUUGACCUCAGCGUCGCGGUCGCGACCCCCAAGGGCCUCGUCACGCCCGUCGUGCGGAAUGCGGAGAACAUGAACUUCGUCGAGAUCGAGAAGGAGAUUGCUUCGUUGGGCAAGAAGGCCCGCGACGGCAAGCUCACGCUCGAGGACAUGUCGGGCGGCACCUUCACUAUCUCUAAUGGCGGAGUCUUCGGCUCCCUCUAUGGUACACCCAUCAUCAACUUGCCGCAAGCUGCUGUGCUUGGCAUGCACACGAUCAAGGAGCGCCCGGUCGUGGUCGACGGCCAGAUUGUGAUCCGCCCGAUCAUGGUCGUCGCGUUGACGUACGACCACCGGCUGCUCGACGGGCGGGAAGCGGUCACCUUCCUCGUCAAGGUGCGGGACUAUCUCGAGGAUCCCCGCAAGAUGCUCCUCGCCUAG